AUGUUGAGCAGUGGACUGCAGCCAGUUGUAUCUUUACUUGCCUACUGGAUACACGGCUAUGCCUUUGCUUUUGGGGAUCAAGAAAGAAUUAUUGGAAGCAAGAAUUUCUUUACUUUUGGAAAUGUCAACUUUUCACACUUCUUUUUUAAUUAUGCAAGAUGUGCCAUAAUCACCACCAUUGUAUCAGGAGCUAUUACUCAAAAGACAGAACCAAUUGGUUACAUUAUAUCCAGCUACAUUUUGGCAGGAUUUGUUUAUCCAAUUGUUUCUCGGUCCUUUUGGCAUCAGUCAGGUCUUUUUAAUAUAAAUCUUCCAAUGUUUCCAAUCCAAGACUAUGCUGGAAGUGGAGUAGUAUUCUUAGUUGGUGGCACAGCAGCACUGAUUGCAUCAUUUGUCACAAAUGCACGUGCUGUCCGCUAUACAACACCUACCAUCAAUCAAAGCUAUAGUUUACCACUUGCAGUCCUUGGAGCUUUUAUGCAAAUAAUUGGCUCCUUAGGCUUUGUUGUUGGCGCACAAGGUCACAUUACAGAGUCUGGAGAUGGUCAGUUGGCCAGUCUUGCUGUGGUCAAUACUCUACUAUCAACAGGAUCGGCAGGUCUAUAUGGUUUGUUUUUCCUGAGAAUGAGGAGAGACACUUACAGUAUACCACGAUUGAUUAAUUCAGCACUUACAGGAAUGGUGGCAGUUUGUGCAGGUGCCAACAAAUACUUACCUGCACUGGCAGUAAUGUGUGGGGCCUCAGCAUCUCUCUUAUAUAUGGCACUUGAACAUUUAUGCACAGUUACCAAGAUUGAUGAUCCUACAGAUACUAUUGCCAAACAUGAGGAAGGCAAACACCUCAUUGGCUUCCUGGAGAAGUGGCUCCAGAAGUCUCUGGGGCUAGAGUUGGAGUUGGGCCUGUUGAGUGUGGAGCAGGGCCACCAGUUCGCAAUGCAAGGUCUGGGUCGGACCUGCACCCCUGCGCAAUCCUAG